AUGAGUGCCACGAUCAGCCGUGGAGUUACCAGCCAGCUCAGCCAUGGCAUCUCCAGCUCUCAGAAGAAGGCCGAUGCCUCCAAGCUCAUGGUUGCCGGCUUCGAGGGUCUCCGAUCCGGCCGGGCAAUGCCAGGCAAUGUCGCGGCUCAGACCCCUUCCCUGGCUUCAACCGUCGCUAAGGCGGUGUCAGCCGGCAAGGAGGAGGCUGGAUCCGCCAAGGGAAUGGUCAAGUGCGAGGUGGAGCCUGGAAUGAAGCUCGUCUUCGUGUCGGCUGAGGUCGCUCCCUGGAGCAAGACUGGCGGUCUUGGCGACGUGUUGGGUGGUCUGCCUCCUGCUCUUGCGGCCCGCGGUCACCGUGUGAUGACUGUUUCCCCUCGCUACGACCAGUACAAGGAUGCCUGGGACACUGACGUCACCCUUGACGUGAAGGUUGGCAACCGCGUGGAGACGGUCCGCUUCUUCCACUGCUACAAGCGCGGCGUGGACCGCGUAUUCAUCGACCACCCGCUCUUCCUCGCCAAGGUCUACGGCAAGACCGGCAGUAAGGUCUACGGCCCCGUCGCCGGAACCGACUAUCAAGACAACCAGCUCCGCUUCAGCCUCUUCUGCCAGGCCGCUAUUGAGGCCCCGCGGAUCCUGAACCUGAACAACAGCGAGUACUACUCGGGGCCCUAUGGCGAGGAUGUGGUGUUCGUAGCCAACGACUGGCACAGCGCGCUCGUGCCGUGCUACCUGCGGGCGUUCUACAAGCCGUACAACCAGUUCUCCAGCGCGAAGGUGGCCUUCUGCACGCACAACAUCGCGUACCAGGGGCGCUUCCCCAUCGACGACUUCAACCUGCUCAACCUCCCCGAGGGCUUCCGCGACUCGUUCGCCUUCUACGACGAGUCCGACAAGCCCGUGAAGGGCCCCAAGAUCAACUGGCUCAAGGCUGGUUUUCAGGAGGCGGAUCUGGUGCUCACUGUGAGCCCGAACUACGCUGCGGAGUUGAAGUCCGGGCCGGCCAAGGGUGUUGAGCUGGACGAUGUCAUCCGGGAGGUGGGGUGCCGCGGGAUUGUGAACGGGAUGGACACCACGGAGUGGGACUCGAGCGAGGACAAGUACCUCGACACGCCCUAUGACAUCUCCAACGUCCUGGAGGUCAAGCCGCUCCUCAAGGAGUCCCUCCAAGCCGAGGUGGGUCUGCCCGUGCGCCCAGACGUGCCGCUCUUCGCCUUCAUCGGGCGCCUGGAGGAGCAGAAGGGCUCCGACAUCCUCUCCGCCGCCCUCCCGGAAAUUCUCAAGGAGGACGUGCAGGUGAUCGUGCUGGGCACGGGCAAGAAGUACUUGGAGAAGCAGCUCGAGCAGCUCGAGGUGAAAUACCCGGACAAGGCGCGCGGCGUCGUCAAGUUCAACGUGCCGCUCGCGCAUCUCAUGACUGCUGGCGCGGAUUUCAUGCUCGUGCCGUCGCGCUUCGAGCCCUGCGGGCUGAUUCAGCUGCACGCCAUGCGUUACGGCACCGUGCCAGUGGUGGCCUCCACGGGCGGUCUUGUUGACACAGUCAAGGAUGGCGUGACAGGGUUCCAAAUUGGCGAGUUCAACGUCGACUGCGAGGAGGUGUUCCCAGAGGACAUGGCGUCACUGACGGCGGGAGUGAAGAGGGCAGCCAAGGUGUACGGCACACCAGCCUUCGACCAAAUGAUCCUCAACGGCAUGGCUCAGGACCUCUCCUGGAAGGGCCCCGCCAAGGAAUGGGAAGCGACCCUAUUGGAGCUGCAGGUCAGCGGAUCAUCAGCAGGGACUGCUGAUGGGGAGGAGAUUGCACCCAAGGCCAAGGCCAACAUUGCUGCUCCUUGA